AUGGUCAACUCACACCACCACAUCGAUGCAGCUCUCACCGACGAACAGCGACAGGAGAUCAAGGAGGCAUUCGAGCUCUUCGACACGGACAAGGAUGGUGCUAUCGACUACCACGAGCUCAAGGUGGCGAUGCGUGCACUAGGUUUCGAUCUGAAAAAAGCUGAGGUGCUGAAAUUGCUACGCGACCACGACAAGACCAACUCUGGCUUGCUCGAGUGGGACGACUUUAACAAGAUCAUGUCGGAAAGAAUCGCAUCCAGGGAUCCUAUGGAGGAGAUCCGCAAAGCCUUCUCUCUCUUCGACGACGAUGGAACGGGCAAAAUCUCGUUGAGAAACCUCAAGCGUGUAGCCAAGGAGUUGGGAGAGACGCUGGACGACGACGAGUUGCAGGCCAUGAUUGAUGAAUUCGAUCUUGAUCAGGAUGGCGAGAUCAACGAGAACGAGUUCAUUCAGAUCAUGAUGGACGAUUCGUAA